GGGAAACUAGCAGCCUGUCUGGAAACAUUCUGGAAAUAAAGACCCAGGAUGAACCUGAGGAAGUACCUCAUCCGGGCGCUGCACCGCCUGCAGAAGGGCCCUGGCUACACCUACAAGGAGCUGCUGGUCUGGUACUGUGACAACACCAACACCCACGGCCCGAAGCGCAUCAUCAAAGAGGGGCCGAAGAAGAAACUGAUCUGGUUCUUCCUAACGCUGCUCUUCGCGUCGCUGGUCUUCUGGCAGUGGGGCAUCCUCAUCAACACCUACCUCUCCUAUAACGUCACCUCCUCUCUCUCCAUUGGCUUUAAGACCAUGAAGUUCCCAGCAGUCACAGUCUGCAACGCCAACCCCUUCAAAUACUCAGAGGUGAAGCAUCUGCUGAAAGAGCUGGACAGGCUGAUCGAAGCAGCACUGGAGAGGAUCCUGCAGCCCACGCCAGGGAACAGCAGUGAGAAGAGCUCAACCCCACCACUCGAUCUGGAGCUCUGGCACCAGAUACCCCUGGUCCUCAUUGAUGAGCACGACAAAGACAACCCCGUCAUCCUGGACAUCUUUGAGAGCAACCAGGCUGCUAACCAAACCUCCAUGGGCAAUCAGACCUCCAUGAGCAAUGAAACAGCUGGUGGAAACCAAACUGCUGUGGGCAACCAGACUUCCAUGGGCAAUGAAACAGCUGAUGGUAACCAAACUGCUGUGGGCAACCAGACCUCCAUGGGCAAUGAAACAGCCCCAGGCAACAUCAUGUCAGAAGAAAAGAAGUACAAGUUGGCAGUGAAGCUGUGCAGCCACCAGGGCUCCGACAACUGCACCUACAGGAACUUCACCAGCGCGGCGCAGGCGGUGACCGAGUGGUACAUCCUGCAGUCCACCAGCAUCCUCUCCAAAGUCCCUCUGCAGGAGAGGAUCAGGAUGGGCUACCAGGCUGAGGACAUGAUCCUGGCAUGUCUCUAUGGGGCUGAACCCUGCAACUACAAGAAUUUCACCCAAAUCUAUCACCCAGACCAUGGUAACUGCUACAUCUUUAACUGGGGCAUGGAUGAAGAGGCUUUGAAUUCUUCCAACCCCGGAGCUGAGUUUGGGCUGAAGUUAAUCCUGGACAUCAGCCAGCAAGACUACAUCCCUUACCUGUCCUCAGCUGCCGGGGCCCGGCUCAUGCUGCACCAGCAGAAGAGCUUCCCCUUCCUCAAGGAUCAGGGCAUCUACGCCAUGGCCGGGACAGAAACCUCCAUCGGAGUGCUGGUGGAUGAACUGGAGCGGAUGGGUUACCCAUACAGUGACUGCACCAUGAAUGGCUCCGACGUCCCCGUUAAAAACCUCUACAGCCAGUACAACACUUCCUAUUCCAUACAGGCUUGCCUGCGCUCCUGUUUCCAAAACCACAUGACUGAGACCUGUGGAUGUGGUCAUUACAUGUUUCCUUUACCUGAAGGGGUCAAUUACUGCAAUAAUGAAGACAACCCAGGCUGGGCCUAUUGCUACUCAUCACUGAGAUCCAGUAUAAGACACAGACAGAUUUGCAUUGAUUCCUGUAAGGAAACAUGCAAUGACACACAGUACAAGAUGACCAUCUCCAUGGCAGACUGGCCAUCAGAAGCUUCGGAGGACUGGAUUUUCCAUAUUCUGUCUUAUGAAAGGGAUAUGUCAGCAAAUGUGACUUUGGACAGAAACGGGAUCAUCAAGCUGAACAUUUACUUCCAGGAGUACAACUACCGCACCAUCUCAGAGUCUGCUGCCACCACAAUCGUUUGGCUGCUGUCAAGCCUGGGGGGCCAGUUUGGGUUCUGGAUGGGUGGCUCAGUGCUGUGCCUCAUCGAGUUUGGGGAAAUCAUCAUCGACUCGCUGUGGAUCACCAUCAUUAACGUCAUCAGCUGGUGCAAAGGCCUGAAGCAGAAGCGGGCGCAGGCGCGGUAUCCCGACGCACCCCCGACAGUGUCGGAGCUGGUGGAGGCUCACACCAACCUGGGCUUCCAGCACGAGGACACAGGGACCCUCCCCAGGGAGGAGGCGCUGCCCCCCGAGCCCGGCACCCCCCCGCCCAACUACGACUCCCUGCGUGUCCAGCCCCUCGACAUCCUCAGUCCCGACAGCGACGCAGACCCCGAGUGA